AUGCUGAUUACCUUAAAUUCCCUGGCUCAACAGAAUGGUAAUUUAUGGGACCCAAUAAAGCCCAACUUUAUAUUUUCGUCCAACAUUUCUAGCAAGAUCUACAAUCUAAUACAUGCUCCGAGAAAGGGAAAUCAAUCUCCAUACGUGAUAAAGAUAAAUAUUCAACUAAACAAUUUGGUAUCAAGAAACAAAUCUAUGAAGUUGUCUGAUUUGCAAGACUUGAUAAACAUCCAUUCCAAUAAACACUAUAUCUUGCGUAUUUUAAAACAGGAGAGUUGGGAAUACAAACCAUCAGAAGAAAUAUUCAUUGUAACCGUGAAAUUAAUCCUACUAGACUGUUCAAAAGAAGCUAUCGAGUUUGAGCAGAAUGAAAGCUAUACAAUAUUGAAGCAAUGCCAAUUUAUGGAUGAAAUUGAAUCUUAUAUUAAAAAGAUAUACCUCAAGUACUCAGAAGAGGAAUAUCUGGCCUAUGAUAUUAGUGAUUCCACUAUAGAGUGCAGUGAAAGUGAAGAUAACGGUGAAUUAUUCGGCAGAUAUCUUGAACCGCUAAAAUCAAAUGAUACUUUGAUUGAUGAAUUCAAAAAGAUAUUCCAUGACAUAAGUGAUGAAGAGAAAUCAUUCAAGCAUAAUCAUGAUUUUAUUGAGAAUAUAAGCAAUUUAAGACACAAUGACGAUGACGAGGAAGAUAUUGUUGAAGAAGAACUGCCAAAUAUUGACGUUAAAGAAAAAAAUUCUUCACUUUCACCUGAAACACCAUUUAUGGCCAAACCAGAAAAUGGUGCAUUACGUUUGGAUGACUUGAUUGAAGUUAGUUGUGAAAACGAAGAUGAUUUCGAACUUCAAAAUAUCCCAAACCCAUCUCUAGAGUUGCCAGUUUCACCAUCAAAACAUGGAUUUGCUGAAGAUGAUGAAGUCAUCAAGAUUUCCAGACAGCUGCCAUUCCAUUCCCCAACCAAAGCAAGAAGAGCAAAUGAUUUAUCUCGAAGGACCUCAAAUACUUCAUUCUCGAUGAUUAGUGAUGAAAGAUAUGGUCUAGAGUAUGCUUACAAUUCCCAUAACGAAGACGUGCCUUCAUUUAUUAAAGAAAAUAAAAAAUUCAAAUUUAUUAAAGUUGGCAAAGUUCAAAAAUUUGUCAAUCUUUUCGAAGAACAGAAAAACCAAAAGGAACCUGUUACUUCUUCUCGGCCCAGCAGUAGAAUUGCUAGCAGAGUUACUAGUAGAACUGCAAGCAGAACCGCUAGCAGAACAGUUUCUAGAUCUGCUAGCAUGGAAAGAGUUAUCUAA